AAUGCAAAGUAACCCAAUAUCACACAAUUAAUUAAUAAGAAAUUCCUAAUUACUAAACCCAAACUCAGCCAAAAAGGCUAUAAUGCAUCAGAAAAGCCUCAAAUUCAAGGUCAAUAGCCUUCUUCAGCCAAUGAGCAGAGGAAAAGAAACAACAAACAACUGUGUCUAAGUCUAACGAGGAACCACCAAAUAUGUAGACAGAAUACUAAACAUCACCAUAUCACAAGUCCUUCCCUUGAUAACACGAUACUUCCUUUGCAAACCUUCCCUGCAAAACCCAGCUUUCUUCAAAACCCUCUGCGACCCAACAUUCUCCACGUCCACCAACGCCUCCACACGCUCCAGCUUCGACCCCCACUCCUCAAAUACGGCCUUCACGGCAAUCUUCACCGCCGCCGUCGCGAUACCUUUCCCCCAAUGCUGCCACGCCAAGAGGUACCCGACCUCCGCAAGGCAAGCACUGCCAUUGCUGCAGGAACUAUUAGAGCAUAUUGAAGAUGAUUGUGGAGAAGAAGCAGAGCUUAAGAGUGAAAGGGAAAGGAAGAUGAAGAUGAAAGUUGCAGAAGACUGAACCGACGUCGUUUGCUUGUUUUCCGUUUCCUACUAGCCGUUAGUCAAUGGUCAUUCAGUUAGUCCCACCUGUUAGGCACAAAGUAAUUUAUUUAAUUUACAGUUUAACUUCCUUUCAACUUUUACUGUAGAUGAAUUUUGUUUGUUUAAAUAGCAAUAGAGAAGCACACUGCUCUCUCUGGGUUUUCCCCCUCCAAUUCAUAGGUGCUUAACCUAGCAGCUCGUUUCUCUUUCUUCUCCUUCUACUUCUUAUGGUAUCAGAGGGGCAUUGAUCCAUUUCUCCACUUCAUAGUAUGCUAUGGCGAAAAAUCCACCUCCACAGACACCACCGGGUUCUCAAGGCUCAGGCCCCAUACCAUUUGGUAGCUUCCAUUCUUCGUCCAGUGGUGUUGGUGGCCAGAUCUAAAACAAUCCCGGUGGUGAUGCUCGCCAACAUGAGAAUGGUAACAAUACUCAUCUGGGUCUUGUGUUUGGUAGUCCAUACUACAUUAUUCCUAGUGAAAACCUAGGUCAAUCCAUCAUUUCUGAGAUAUUGGAUGGAUCUAACUACCAGACCUGGCAGAGAGCUGUGGGAAUGGAUCUUAAGACCAAACAAAAGCUGGGUUUCAUUGAUGGCUCACUUCCGAUGCCUGAUCGUACUCAUCCCGAUUUUGUUUUGUGGGAUGCAUCAAACACUAUGGUUCUCUGUUGGAUUUUAAAUUCUGUGCACAAGGACAUAAGUAUAAGUGUAUUACAACAUGGGAAUGCUAUGGUUGUAUGGGAUGAGCUGAAAGCACGCUUUGGUAGAUCCAAUGCCAUUAAGCUAUCCAAUUUACAGAUGAAAUGGAUGCUUGCAAGCAGGGUAACAUGAGUGUGACCCACUACUAUAUCACACUUAAGGGUUUAUGGGAAGAGAUUCAAUAGUAUAGUCCUGUUGUUGAGUGUGAUUGUGUAGCUGUGAGAGUUAGGCCAUGUGCAGCAGUGGUUGCCUAUCGACAGAAACUUGAAACUGACUAUCUCAUCAAAUUUUUGAAGGGAUUAAAAUCUGUUUUUGAUGUGGUUCAAACCCAGUUACUCAUGUUGAAACCCUUACCUGCUGUGGAAGUUGCUUUGGAUGAUAUUUUACAGCAUGAACAGAAAUUACAGGGUGACAAGGGUAAGAGUACUAGGGGUAUCCAGUCUGUUGCAUUGGCUGCACAAGGACAAGGUGAGCAGAAUAAGGGUUUUAUCCCUAACAAAGACAACAAGUAUGAGCCUGCCAAGGAAGGAAAAUUCUGUCGGUAUUGCAAAAUGGGUGGACAUCUAAAAGAAGAAUGCUAUCGAUUGAAGAACAAGAAGGCACGAAUGCUGAAGGGGGCACUUUUGCUGGUUCAGUAUCUCAAUCAGACUCACAAUAUGGUGAUUUCACUUCUUCAGGGCAGAGUAUUAGCUAUGAGAGCAAAUCUUCUUCAACUAGCUCUCUCAACUUUACCACUGAAGAACUGAACAAGCUAAGGCUGCUUCUUCAACAACCUGAUAGCAUGAGUCCAUCACCACCAUUGUCUCCUUCUAUUAAGCAUGCCUCAUACUUAGUCUCACAGCACCUUCCAUCUCAUCCUACCUAUGCUGGUAAAUAUGUACUCUCUUCCUAUGCUCAACAUGGCCUGAUGGAUUUAACUCAAGUUUGGAUCUUAGAUACUGGUGCCUUAGAUCACAUAGCAUGUACUCUUGCUGUGUUCAUACAAGCUAAGCCUGUUUCCAACCAGUUUGUGUAUCUACCUAAUGGCUCUAAGGUAGAAGUGAUUCGUAUAGGUUCAGUUAACAUAUCACAAGGAUUAGUCUUACACAAUGUUCUCUUAGUCCCAAGUUUUACUUUUAACCUGGUCUCCAUUAGUAAACUUACCCAUGACCUGCCCAUUUCCUUGCUUUUUGAAUCUGACUCUUGUCAUAUUCAGGACCAAACAACCAAGAACCUGAUUGGUUCAUCAAGACAGGAUAGGGGCCUCUACCAUCUCACUACCACACCAAGACCACCUUCUGACAUUUCACCACAUCAAGUAGCUACCACCUACAAUUUCCUUCCUCACCACAUAGACCUUUGGCACUGGAGACUGGGGCAUCCAAGUAGAGAGAUAGAACAUCAAGCUACAGGUUGUAAUAGGAUUUCCAUUAAGCAUUGUUCCACUUGCCACUUAGCAAAACAGAAGAAACUUCCUUUUUCACUUAGUGACAGUAGGGCAAUUUCUGCCUUAGAUUUAGUUCAUAUUGAUAUUUGGGGACCCCUUGCUGUUAAGUCCCAUGAUGGAUAUUCUUAUUUCCUUUCAAUUGUGGAUGAUUAUACACAAAGUGUUUGGGUGUUUUUAAUGAAGCUAAAGUCAGAAGCUUCUCAUCUUUUGGAAUCAUUUUGUGUUAUGAUCAAAAACCAGUUCAACAUAUCAAUUAAGAUUAUUAGAAGUGAUCAAUGAAAUGAAUUCCACAUGUCUGACUUCUACAACACAUAUGGAAUUGAACAUCAACUUUCAUGUGUGGAAACUCCUGAUCAGAAUGCUCGGGUUGAGAGAAAGCAUCAGCAUAUCCUCAACGUUGCAAGGGCACUUCGUUUUCAAUCAAGAUUGCCACUUCACUUUUGGAGUGAUUGCAUCCUUCAUGCAUUCUUUCUGAUUAACAGGUUGCCUUCACCAGUGACUGAUGGUGUUUCACCUUUUGAGUUGUUGUAUCAUAAACAACCAGCAUUGAAUCUACUUAAAGUUUUGGUUGUUUGUGUUAUGCAUCUACUUUGUUAAGAGAUAGAACCAAGUUCAGUCCUAGAGCUAGGCAAUUUGUCUUUCUUGGAUUUCCUUAUGGAAUUAAAGGUUACAAACUACUUGACCUUAACACUCAUCAAACUUUCAUUUCUAGACAUGUGGUCUUCUAUGAGACCAUCAUUCCCUUCUUACAUCCUUCUUCUUCCACAUCUGUCCUUAUAUCUCUACCACCACAGUCACUUCUACCACCACUGCACCUCUUUUUCCCGACAAUCCUCUUCCUCCUGAUCCAUUUCCCUCUUCUUUCACACCUUCUCAGACUCCAUCUCCUUCCCUCAUACCUUGUCAGACUUCAUCUCCUUCUUCUUCCACUUCUUUUCCUCCUUCCCCAGACACAUUGGCUACCACUUCUGUUGGUGAAGCAGUAGAGUCCUCAAGAGUGAACUCUGAAGGGGAGGAUGAUGAGUUAGUUGCACAACUAGACUUUGAGGAUGGAGAAGGUGUCGGCCCCGAGUUAAGAAGGUCAGACAGAUUCAGGUCAGUUCCAGUUUGGCAUAAGGAUUAUAAAGUGGGAGCAGUCCAUAAAUACUCUAUGGACAAGUAUGUGACAUUUGACAAGUUACCAACUCCACAUAAAGCUUAUGUGAUGAG